AUGCCAGCAGUGGUUUUGCCGACUCGCCACUGUAUAGCAGCAACGAACACGACGACGACGACGACGACCAAAAAAUCGCCUUCUUCCGCCGCCGUUUCUAUUGCUGCUGCCGGUAACAAUAUCACGACGACGACGCUCUACUGGUUGCCUGUAGUGGAUAGCCCGGCGUGUUGUUUUUGCUGUUAUUGCGGCGGUCGGCUGUUCGUCGUCGGCGGUGUCCCGACCACCGGACGUGUAAAUAGCAACGUUGGUAUCAGCAGUGCGUUGAGUCGUUUCGACGCGUGUACGCCACCGCCGCCCCCGUCGCGUAAUUUCGGUAGGCUCUGCCGGUGUGACGGUGCCGUAGUCGCCGCCACCACCGCCGCCGUCGUGCUACUUGUGCCGUAUGUGCUUGGGCCGCCGUGCUUCCGACCGAUCGUAUUGCCGCCCACGUUCGUCGCCGCUGCCAAUCACCUCAGGCAUCACCGCCGGAUACAUCACCAACACCACCACUACCUGUACAACACGGCCGUCGCCGGCAACAAUAUGGAAACUAGGUAA